AUGCCGGAGCCUCCAAUGCUAUCGUUCAUCUCGCCCAUCAUGUCGGCCAAUCUCCAACAGUCAGGGCGCCCUGCAACUGCGGCCCACGACGGCGCCAGGAGAGAUGCCGACGCCCAGUCCACACUCGAGCUGUGCCAGGUGAUGCAUUCGGAGAACGCCAACGUCUACGCCGCUGUCGAAGCGUGCCUGCCGGACAUUGCCAAAGCGGUUGAUCUCAUCAGCCCCAGAGUGGCCAGAGGUGGGCGUGUGAUUUAUCUGGGCGCCGGCCCGGGCGGAAGGUACGGCGUCCUCGAAGCAGCCGAAUCCCUGUCCAACCCAUCCAUCCCGGCCCGCCGCUUCCUCGGCCAGCUUGCAGGCGGCGAUGUGGCCAUGCGCUACGAGGCCGAAGGCGUCGACGAGUCGAUCGACCUGGGCAAAGCCGACCUGGCCGUGCUGUCUCCGCCUCUCGAUCCUGCCCGCGACACGGUCGUCGGCAUUCUGCUACCAAUGUCGUCGCUGUACGUGCUCGGCGGACUGAAGUUUGCCAGGGAUGCGAAGUGUCUCGUGCUGGGUAUCGCCCGCAUGCGUAUUGGUGCCAUUGGCUCCAUCUGCAACCACGUUGUUGAGUGCAACACCGAGGGCCCAGAGAUGGGGUUCAAGGCGGGGUUGGCGUUGAAGAUGGUGAGCUCCAACUCUUUGCGCUACCUUCCCACCCAGCUGACUGAUGUAAACAAUAAGAUCCUCGGUAUGAUCUCCGACGGAGUCAACAACAAAGCUGUCACCGGCCGCCGACCGCACAGGUAG